AGAGGAAGACCUGUGAUCAUUUCUCACUUGUUUUUUCGACCUGCCUGUCCUCAGGUAGUAAGGCUAGGCUCUAGAGAGAGAGACUGCACAGGUGAGUUUGACUCAUUCUAUGGGGGCAGUAAACACGGCGGGAUAUAUAACUUGUCAAAUGUUCCAGUUCACUACUGCAGUCAGUACAAGUACCUGCUUGUGCCUCAGGUGCCAGUUGACAUGAGCGAUGGAUCCUGCUUUUAACGCUCUGGCUUUGUGGAUUUUACUGAAACAACACAAAGUGCUGGUGCUAAAGGAAAAGCUGUGAACUUUUCAGAUCAGCUCAACUUUUCAUUCUUCUAAAAAAACAACGAGCAAAAAAAAAAGAAAAAAAAAAAAACCUCACUGCUCUCUCUGGACAGAGAGCAGAGCCUGUCUGAAUGUUUUUGGCCUGGAUCAAGUAAUGCGGUAGUGCGGCUGUUGUCUGUUGGGUUACAGACAGUUCGUUUCCUGUGAGAAGAUGGUGGGUCGGGGCGCGUUGACCGUGUCUCUGGAGUGAAAGUGCACACACAAUGGAGUUCCUGAGGAGCCUCGUCCCUACGGUCAUCUCCGGGGACAGCGGAGGGCUGGUGGAGCCCACGGGGCUGUUGCCACGGGAGACGGGCCCUCGCUUGCUGAGGAUGAAGCGUCUGAGCCUGCUGUCAAUGGGACAAACCAUCGAGGAAGACCCAGGGGGGCUGGCCCAACCUGUCCGACCACCCCGACUCGCCCGACAUUACGCCAAAGCCUCUGUCCCGGUGAGCAGCAGCAGUCUAAGUAGACGCCGUGCAGCCCCGUCAGCCCCGCUCAGCUGGGAGAAGCGCAGCGCCCAGGCCGCAGCCAUGUCCAGCAUCACCAUCGACCCCGAGGCCAAACCUGGCGAGUUUGUCAUCAAGAGCCUCUUCGCCGAGUUCGCUGUGCUCGCCGAGAAGAAGAUCGAGGUGGUCAUGGCUGAGCCGCUGGAGAAGACUUUAUCCAGAUCUCUGCAGAGAGGGGAAGAUGCACAGUUUGAUCAGUUAAUAAGCUCUAUGAGCUCAAUAGCGGAACAUUGUUUGCCCUCGCUGUUGCGGACGCUGUUUGACUGGUACCGGAGACAGAGCGGCACGGAGGACGAGUCCUACGAAUACAGACCCAGAUCCAGCACCAAGUCCAAAGGGGAUGAACAGCAUCGGGAUAAAGACUACCUACUGGAGAGGAGGGACUUAGCCAUAGACUUCAUUUUUUGUUUAGUUUCAGUAGAAGUUUUGAAACAGAUUCCUCUUCAUCCUGUGCCAGAUGCAUUAGUCCAUGAAGUCCUUAACCUGGCAUUUAAGCACUUUAAACACAAAGAGGGGUACUCUGGUCCCAACACUGGCAACGUGCACAUCAUUGCAGAUCUAUUUGCUGAGGUCAUCGGAGUCCUCGCCCAGUCCAAGUUCCAGGCAGUCCGUAAAAAGUUUAUCACAGAACUGAAGGAGCUGCGGCAGAAGGAGCAGAGUCCUCAUGUGGUGCAGAGCAUCAUCAGCCUCAUCAUGGGCAUGAAGUUCUUCAGAGUCAAAAUGUAUCCAGUGGAAGACUUUGAGGCUUCCUUCCAGUUCAUGCAGGAAUGUGCCCAGUAUUUCCUGGAAGUGAAAGACAAGGAUAUAAAGCAUGCGUUAGCCGGCCUAUUUGUGGAGAUCCUCAUCCCUGUAGCUGCUGCGGUGAAGAAUGAAGUGAAUGUGCCCUGCCUAAAGAACUUUGUGGAGAUGCUCUACCAGACUACCUUUGACCUCAGCUCAAGAAAAAAGCACUCACUGGCACUAUAUCCUCUGGUCACAUGUUUGCUGUGUGUCAGCCAGAAGCAGUUCUUCCUCAAUAACUGGCACAUCUUCCUUCAGAACUGCCUUUCACACCUAAAGAUGCCGUCAAACAACAGCAUCCGUAAGCAGAUUGAGACCCUCCAGAACAAAGAUCCUAAAAUGUCUCGUGUAGCACUGGAGUCACUCUACAGGCUGUUGUGGGUCUAUGUCAUCAGAAUCAAGUGUGAGAGCAACACCACCACGCAGAGUCGUCUCCUCAGUAUUGUUUCAGCACUUUUCCCCAAGGGCUCCCGCAGUGUGGUGCCCAGGGACACACCACUCAACAUCUUUGUUAAGAUCAUUCAGUUCAUUGCUCAGGAAAGGCUGGACUUCGCCAUGAAAGAAAUCAUCUAUGACCUGCUAUGUGUGGGCAAGUCGCAUAAGACCUUCACCAUCAACCCAGAGAGAAUGAAUAUUGGUUUGCGAGCAUUCUUGGUAAUAGCGGACAGCCUUCAACAGAAGGACGGCGAGCCACCCAUGCCCACCACAGGGGUCAUCCUACCCUCCGGCAACACCUUACGGGUCAAAAAGAUCUUCCUCAAUACCACCCUCACUGAUGAGGAGGCCAAAGUCAUCGGUAUGUCUCUAUACUACCCUCAGGUGAGGAAGGCUCUGGAUAACAUUCUCAGGCACCUGGACAAAGAGGUGGGCCGCUCCAUGAGCAUGACCAAUGUGCAGAUGUCCAAUAAAGAGCCAGAAGACAUGAUCACCGGCGAGCGGAAGCCAAAGAUCGAUCUGUUCCGGACGUGUGUAGCUGCCAUCCCCAGACUGAUUCCUGACGGCAUGAGCAGGCAGGACCUCAUUGAGCUUCUGGCCAAGUUGACCAUCCACAUGGACGAGGAGCUGCGUGGGCUGGCCUUCACCACUCUGCAGGCUCUGAUGGUGGAUUUCCCUGACUGGAGGGAGGACGUUCUCUCAGGAUUUGUGUACUUCAUUGUGCGAGAGGUGACAGACGUGCACCCCACCCUGCUGGACAACGCUGUCAAAAUGCUGCUGCAGCUAAUCAUCCAGUGGAAACAGGCAGUGCAGAGCAGCAACCGUGGACACGACUCGCAGGGCUCUAAUGACAGAGCGUGUCUGCCUCUGGAGCGUUCUCCACUGUGGGGUGUGCUGCAUGUGGUGGAGGGGCUGGCUCUGGUGGUUUUGUGUAGCUGCAGGCCAGCCACACGCCGCCUCGCUGUCAAUGUGCUGAAAGAGGUUCGGGCACUACACAACGCCCUCUGCAUCGCUAAGGGUGAUGAGGAGUUGGCUAUAGAUGUGAUGGACAGGGUGAGCGCUUCAGUUCUGGAAAGUUUCAUCCACCUUACUGGGGCUGACCAGACUAACCUGCUGUAUUGUCCCAGUGGAAUAGACCUGCAGACGCUGGCCGAGUGGAGCUCCUCUCCCAUCAGUCACCAGUUUGACGUGGUCAGUCCCUCACACAUCUGGGUGUUUGCCCACGUCACUCAGGGUCAGGACCCAUGGGUCAUCAGUCUGUCCAGUUACCUGCGGCAGGAGCACCUUCCCAAGCACUGCCCUACUGCACUGAGCUACGCCUGGCUCUUCGCCUCCACGCGUCUCCAGCUACUCUCUCCACAAGUUGACAUCAAUAGCCCGAUCAAUGCAAAGAAGAUGAACAGCUUGAGCAGCAGUACUGAUUCCUACGUUGGUCUGUGGAGGAACUAUCUGAUCCUCUGCUGCAGCUCUGCAACCUCUUCAUCGUCGUCCUCCUCAUCCUCAUCGUCAGCUCCUGGCUCUGUCCGCUGCUCCCCUCCUGAGACGCUGGCGUCCACCCCGGACAGCGGAUACAGCUACGACUCAAAGAUCAUUGGCAUUCCGUCCCCCUCCUCCUUAUUCAAACAUGUGGUUCCUAUGAUGCGCUCUGAGAGCAUGGACAUCACAGAGUCCCUCGUCCUGGGGCUUGGCCGGACCAACCCCGUUGCCUUCAGAGAGCUCUUGGAGGAGCUGAAUCCCAUCAUUAAAGAGGCUCUGGAGAGAAGGCCAGAGAACAUGAAGCGACGCCGGCGUCGUGACAUCCUCAGAGUCCAGCUGGUCCGGAUCUUUGAGCUGCUGGCUGAUUCAGGAGUCAUCAGCCAGAUUGGGAGUGGGGGACUGGAUGGAGAGAGUCACUCUCUGAACAGCACUCUGCUGGAGUAUGUGGAUCUGACACGGCAACUGCUGGAGGCUGAGAACGACAAAGACUCAGACACACUCAAAGACAUCCGCUCCCACUUCAGCGCCCUGGUGGCAAACAUCAUCCAGAACGUGCCAGUACACCAGAGGAGGAGCAUUUUCCCUCAGCAGUCUCUAAGACACAGUCUGUUUAUGCUGUUCAGUCACUGGGCCGGACCCUUCAGCAUCAUGUUCACUCCUCUAGAUCGCUACAGUGACCGCAACAUGCAGAUCAACAGACACCAGUACUGCGCUCUCAAAGCCAUGUCUGCUGUGUUGUGUUGUGGUCCAGUCGCUGAUAAUGUUGGUCUUUCAUCUGAUGGAUACCUCUACAAAUGGUUAGACAACAUCUUGGACUCACAGGACCGCAAGGUGCAUCAGCUGGGCUGUGAGGCAGUGAUGCUGCUGUUAGAGCUGAACCCAGAUCAGAGUAAUCUGAUGUUCUGGGCAGUGGAUCGCUGCUACACAGGCUCGCGCAGAGUGGCCACCGGCUGCUUCCGAGCCAUCGCCAACGUCUUUCACAACAGGGAUUAUCAGUUUGACACUGUGGUGCUGCUGAACCUGAUCCUGUUUAAGGCUGCAGAUUCCUCCAGAGAUAUCUAUGAAGCGGCCAUGCAGCUACUUCAGAUCUUGGAGCCGAAGCUGUUCCGUUACGCCCAUAAACUGGAGAUCCAGCGUGCUGAUGGUGUUUUGACUCCACCCUCUCCUCUGCCUCACCUCUACUCUGUGUCAUACUACCAACUCAGCGAAGAGCUAGCACGCACAUACCCAGAGCUCACGCUGCCCAUCUUCUCAGAGGUAAGUCAGAGGAUCCAGACAGCGCACCCUGGUGGCAGGCAGGUGAUGCUGCACUACUUGCUGCCCUGGAUGAAUAAUGUGGAGCUGGUGGACUUCAAGCCACAAACAAGGCGGCAGGAGGAGCCUGAGGAGGAAGAGGACACACGGGAGAUGAUGAUGGUAAACAGCCGUCGCUGGCUCCGAGGAGAGGGCUGGGGAUCACCUCAGGCAACAACCAUGAUCCUCAACAACCUCAUGUUCAUGACUGCUAAGUAUGGCGAUGAAUUUGCAUGGUCUGAGAUUGAGAACGUAUGGACCACUUUGGCAGACAGCUGGCCCAAAAAUCUUAAGAUCAUCCUGCACUUCCUCAUCAGCAUGUCUGGAGUCAACAGCGAGCCAAGUCUCCUUCCUUAUGUCAAACGUGUGGUGGUCUAUCUGGGCAGAGAUAAGACUAUGCAGCUUCUGGAGGAGCUGAUGUGUGAGCUGGAGCUCAUGGACCCUGUGAGCUCAGCUGUCACUCAUAUGGAUAAUCCGCCUUAUUACCGCAUCACUUCCUCCUACAAGAUCCCCUCUGUCACAGGAACUGCUUCCAGCAGUAACACUAUGGUUCCUGGACCUGAUGGACAUCACGACAACAAGCUCAAAGAUCCCAACAUGGAUGACAAUUAUGCUCAUUUAGAUAUCUACAGUGGGCUGAACAGCAACCUGAACAGACAGCACCAUCGGCUGGAGUCCCGUUACAGCAGCAGCUCUGGAGGCUCUUAUGAGGAGGAGAAGAGUGACUCUAUGCCGGUCUAUGCUAACUGGCGUCUGAAGGUCAUGGAUCAUAACCGGCCCGAGCCCCUCCCUUUCCCUCCCACAGGAGGCUGCUGGUCUCCACUGGUCGAUUACCUGCCAGAGACCACCACGCCUGGAGUUUCCCUUCACAGAUGUAAUAUCGCUGUGAUCCUGCUCACUGACCUCAUCGUGGACCAUGGAGUCAAAAUAGAAUGGAGCGCCUACCUGCAUCUUCUACUGCAUUCCGUCUUCAUUGGAUUAGACCACCAGCACCCAGAGGUCUAUGAGCAUUGUAAGCGACUGCUGCUCCACCUGCUGGUCGUCCAGGGAACCAAUAGCAGCGUCCAGUCACUGGCAUCUGUCCUGUUGCGCAACCGGGAGUACCACGAGCCCAGGGUUCUGACUGUUAAACCCGUUCCACAAGAGUUUAAUCUAACAGGUGUGACAGAGCUGGUUCCAGACUACCAGCCAUCCCCAAUGACAGACUCUGGUUUGAGUUCUAGCUCCACCUCCUCCAGUAUCAGUCUGGGUGGCACAUCCUUGCCCCACCUGCCCCCCACACUGCUAAAUGAAGUGGACCUGUCCGCUGAACAGGACGAGAAGGUUAAAAACCUCAUUGAGUUUAUAAGCUCCAGGAAGCGAGGCCCACUGUGGAACCAUGAGGACAUGUCACCUAAAAACCCCAACAUCAAGAGUGCUGAGCAGCUCAGUGUCUUCCUCAGACACGUUAUCACCGUCUUCAAACAGACUCAGUCAGGUUUCCAGUUGGAGCAGCUGCUGAGUGAAAUAGCCCUGCAGACGGCUCUGUCUUGCUCCUCAAGGCACUAUGCUGGCCGCUCUUUCCAGAUUUUCAGGGCUUUGAAACAGCCACUCACAGCAUCCACGCUGUCAGACCUGCUCUCUCGGCUGGUGGAGACUGUGGGAGACCCUGGAGAAGAGGCUCAGGGUUUUGUGAUAGAGUUGCUUUUGACUCUGGAGGCUGGUAUUGAUACUCUGGCAGACACCAUGAAGAACUAUGACCUGCUUACUGCACUGGCUUCCUCCCAUGAUCCUUUGCUGGGCACCAAAUUUGCUAAUAACAGGAAGAGCACAGGCCAGCUGAACAUAAGCAGUGGUGGCUUGUUCCAUAUCCACUACAACCAUGCCCGCAGCAACUCCCUCCGCGCCAGCCUCAUGGGUGAGUGCAAGGGUGACCGGCGCCGCAGCAACACCCUCGACGUGGCAGACCGCCUGGGUGGUAGCCAUGGUAACCUGGCCCGCACACGGAGCUUAUCAUCUCUACGUGAAGGUGCAGUCCCGGGUGGUGGGGGAGGGGAAGGAGGAGGAGGUGGAGGUGGAGGAGGUGGUGGAGGAGGAGGUAUGGUUGGACCUGGCUUAGGAGAAGUGGGGCCGCCAGCAGACCCCACCAACCUGUUGGCCACAGUGUUCUGGAUUGCAGCUUCGCUGCUCGAGUCAGACUACGAGUUUGAAUACCUGCUGGCACUCCGGCUUCUGAACCGACUGCUGGCUCAGCUGCCUCUGGAGAAGGCUGACAGCAGGGAGCGGCUGGAGAGGGUGCAGGCCAAACUCCGCUGGUACAACUUCCCUGGCCUGCUGCAGCUCUUCCUAAAGGGCUUUACUUCAGCUGCUACACAGGAGCUCACCAUCCACCUGCUCAGCAAGCUCAUCACUGUGUCCAGACACACACUCGUAGACCCUUCCCAAGUGGCAGGUUUUCCUUUGAACAUCCUGUGCUUGUUGCCUCACCUAAUCCAGCACUUUGACAGCCCUACAGUGUUCUGCAAGGAGACCGCAGACCGCAUCGCUAAGGUGUGUGCUGAGGAGAAGUCAGCCACUUUGGCCAACCUGGCCCACAUGAUGAGCCUGUACUCUACGCACAGCUACUCGCGAGACAGCACCAACUGGAUCAACGUGGUAUGCCGAUACCUGCACGAUGCCUUCGCAGAAAUCACUUUUAACCUGGUCACUUACCUGGCUGAGUUACUGGAAAAGGGGCUACCCAGCAUGCAGCAGUCACUGCUGCAAAUCAUCUACAGCCUGCUGAGUUACAUAGACCUGUCAGCUGCGCCUGUCAAACAGUUUAACCUGGAAAUUAUGAAGAUCAUAGGCAAAUAUGUGCAGAGCCCAUAUUGGAAGGAGGCCCAGAACAUUCUGAAGCUGGUGGUGUCUCGCUCGGCCAGCCUGGUGGUGCCUGACGAGAUGCAGCGCUCUUACAGUGCCGAAUCAUCAGGUUCGCCCGAAAUCGCCUUCACUCGCAUCUUUAACAACUCCUCCAAAGAGCUGCCAGGCAAAACGUUGGACUUCCACUUUGACAUCUCAGAGACACCCAUCAUAGGGCACAAGUAUGGAGACCAGAGCAAUGCAGCAGGUCGUAAUGGAAAACCACAGGUCAUUGCUGUGACGAGGAGCACGUCUUCAACAUCUUCAGGGUCGAACUCUAAUGGCCUGGUGCCAGUCAGCUGGAAAAGACCCCAACUCUCUCAGAGGAGAACACGAGAGAAGCUGAUGAAUGUCCUGUCUCUGUGUGGGCCAGAAAAUGCCCUACCCAAAAACCCCUCAGUGGUGUUCUCUUCAAAUGAGGACUUGGAUACAGGUGACCAGCAGAACAGCCUGAUUCCUACGGUAGAGGAAGUGACACGCGAAGAGGAGGUUCAGGCAGAGGAUGCAGGAAGUGAGCAGCAGUUUGGGGUCUUCAAAGAUUUUGACUUCCUAGAUGUGGAACUGGAGGAUGCAGAGGGGGAGAGCAUGGACAACUUCAACUGGGGUGUGCGUCGGCGCUCUCUAGACAGCAUGGACAAAGGAGACACCCCGUCAUUGCAGGAGUACCAGUACACAGGCAGCACACCCAGCCUCAACCUAACAAAUCAAGAGGACACGGAUGAGUCGUCCGAGGAGGAGGUACUGAGCGCUAGCCAGAUUCUCACCCGCUCCAACCUCCUCAACAGUGACUCCGCCACAGAUGACGCCACAUCCAAUCACAUGGAUUCUCUACAGCAAUCCCAGGAGUCUUCCAGUAGUGUCCUAACUGAAGAAGCCACGCCCACCCCACCACUGCCCCGCCCAGACAGCCCUAUCCAUGAGACCACACAUUCUGACAGCAAUAUCAGCCAGCUGCCUGAGGACGCUACUGUGACGGCAGCGGAUGAGCUUAGCAGCAGUGUGAGUGAGGACACGGGUUUCUGCAGUGCCCCCCCUCUUCCCUCGGACCCCCCCGAUCUGUGUGACCUGCCUGACUGCUCAGACUCUCAGGACCCUCCUGACGACCUGGACCCAGCUCCCCCUCCACCGCCGGCGGUAGACAGCCCACCGGGGUCACUGUGUGAGGAUGAGACAGUGCUGCCCCCAACCGCACCAGACAGUGCCCCGGACUCUGUGUGUGAAGAGGACGUGACACUGGCCCUGAAAGAGCUGGAUGAGAGGUGUGAAGAAGAGGAGGCCGACUUCUCUGGCAUGUCCAGUCAGGACGAGGGCGAUGCGGACGGUUUCCCCGAGCUGCAGGGCUCUCCGCCCCCCUCGCCCUUUCUCUCUGCCAUCCUGGCAGCGUUCCAGCCCAUCGCUUACGAUGACGAGGAGGAUGCCUGGCGUUGCCAUGUCAACCAGAUGCUGUCCGACACGGACGGGUCCUGUGCCGUCUACACUUUCCACGUGUUCUCCCGCCUCUUCCAGCACAUCCAGAGGAAGUUUGACUCCAUUACCCACGCCUCAGUGCGGUUCCUUGGUGAAGGGCUCCAGAGAAUGGGAAACCAGUUCCUCAGCUCUCUAGAAGUCAUGACUUCUUGCUCUCAGUGCCCUACAGUUCUACUUGAUGCAGAGACUCUGGUUUCCUGUGGGCUCUUGGAGACAUUAAAGUUCAGUGUUUUGGAGCUGCAGGAGCAUCUGGACACCUACAAUGGCAAAAGAGAGGCUGCAGAACAGUGGCUGGAGAACUGCAGGAAGACCUUUGGUGAUAAAGACAGCAGCCAUCGGCCCACAACUCAAGCUCAGCAAAUGGAAAUUCUAGCAGAGCUGGAGCUCUGUCGGAGGUUGUAUAAGCUCCACUUUCAGCUGCUGCUGCUCUUUCAGGCCUACUGUAAACUCAUCAGCAGAGUGGACACCAUAAAAAGAGAGGCUGAGGUAACAAACAUGUCAGAGGAGCUUGCCAUCCUGGAGAGCUGUCUGAAGGAGGCAGAGUCAGUGAGUGACGGACAGGAGGGAGUCAGCGUGUCCGAGGCAGUGCAGUCCAGUACAGAGACGGCCAUCCACUCACUGAUCGAGAGUCUACGGGCGCGAGACUUCAGCUCUGCCCUCGCACAGGUCAAAGCGUUCAGGUGCUUGUGGCCUAAUGACAUUUUUGGCAGUGAGAAGGAUGAUGCUGUGCAGACUUUGCUGCAUAUCUACUUCCGGCACCAGACUCUGGGCCAGACAGGCUGCCUGGCUGUGGUGGGGCCAAGCAGAGAUCUGUCUCAGGCCAGCGCCCGCCUCAUGGAGCUCAACCUGCAGAUCCGUGAGGCCUUGCGCCGUGCCCAGAUGCCCCAGAGCCUCAUCCACAACCAAACACCCACCCCACAGACCCAGAUCAACACCCACAGCACGGUCCUCAGCACGGGACUGUGAUGGGUGUGGGAGCGCAGGGGCUGGAAAUUCUCACCGGUUCCAGUAAGGGCAGCAGUGAGGUGUCUGAUCAGGGGUGGGGAAGUGUGAGGGUGGGGGGGUAAGGGCAUUUCUGGAGACUUCACUUUAAAGGGCUAAAGGAUGUGUGUGAGGAUCAUACUGACUAUGAAAAAUCUAUGAAUAUACACUCUCUCCUCUCCCCUCCCUCAGCCAUUUUUGCUCCUGUCAUCAUUCUCUGAAACAAUGCAACAUCGCCGAAUUUUGGCUGUAAAAGUGACGGACUGAGGACCUGAUUGGUCAAAGACAGUUUGUAGGAGGAAUACUGGGCAAUGAUGAUGCUGAACUGGAAGAUUUUGGCGGAAUGACCUAGACCUCUGGGGUGUCUAUUGGGAAAAAAAUGGCCAAUGGUUAAUGUCUGCUCUACUAGAGCACUGGGAUAGCGAAGGUUCUUUGGUAAGGUAGCAUGUAGCUACAUAAACAGCUUAUCCAUGGAAUGUGUGAGAAUCGGCAAGUCGCGAUGGAGACUUCCUGUCACGUUUUACUCCAACUCAAAACAAUAAGUACAUAUUUAAGAAAAUGACAACAAAAAAAAAAGAUGUUUCAAAAGCAUGCUUGAAAGUGAAAAAGCACUGCAAGAAAUAUUUUUUGAGAAAUGUAUUUUUAUUAGAGCUAACAAUCCUAGGUUGUAAAUGUUAGGAUAUUUAAUGUAUUAUUGAAAAGUGAGGGCUUGGCCCUCAGACUCUGUAUAAAGAGAGGUUUAUCUGGUUAACUUUAUUGACCUGCAUUGGGGAGAAACUUUAGCUUUCACUGGGUUGCUCUAACAAAACUCCUACUCUAUAACCAAAUAAGUAGCUGCCUGUAGACAACCAUAGAUUCAUGUGUUAGUGUGUGACGAGACACGGGGAGUGUGUGUCCGUGUGCGCGCGAGUGAGCGUGUGUUUUUACAUAUGCCGAUAUUUGCACACACAUUCUCUCUCUCACACAUGCACAUUAAAAACGCACACACAAAGUGCAAAAACUGGCUGCAACUCAUUAUGGAAAUAUCAAUAACUUAUUGUACUCUGUAUAUAUUUUAGAAAAAAUGUAUAGUGUAAAAGCAGUAUUUUUCCCUUGUACAUUUGUGUAAUGCACUGUUCAACCAGAAUAGAGAGUAUGAAGCUAAUGCAAAAAGGCCAAAAAAAAAAUUUCCAGCUGUAACAGUCACUAACAACCCUGUCCACCAUAGUUAUCCAAGUCUCUGAUCUUCAACGUUUCCCUUUUAACAAGCAAGCCUGGCUGGGAGCAGAGAGUAGGAGUCGUCUGUUCUCGUCACUCUGCUCUCUCUUGCCUUCGCCCAGCUCUGCUUGACCAUAUGCAUUCCUUAAGCUCCACUGUGAUCUUCAUGCUGGCUCGCAGUACUCUGCAGUACUCUGAAAGCCCCUGCGAGGGGAGAGACAGGGCCAGCGUUCGUCCAUGUUGGCUCUGCAGUCGUCCUCGGACUCAGGGCAGCACUGAUGGAGCGGCGUCCAUGCUGCGCUUCUCAAAGCCACUGUGCUUCGCUUUGCUCGACUGCAAGACAAACAGCACCGGGCCAGCGUUUACCCACAGAGUUGGAGGGACGUCACAACGUUGUGGCACAUUAAAACAAAAA